AGACUCCUCGGCCCGACACGAUCCUGCAGCCCGGCCCUGUGCCAGGCGCCCACCGCCGCCCCCUUGGGCCGUUCCCCGUGUUCCCCGGCGCUGUCCGGGCCCUGGGGAGUGCCGGGCGCAGGCUGCUCUCUUCUGGGCCAUUCUUUCCCAGCCCCCUCCUCCCUUCCGUUUCCGUGGCCGUGUGGCCGGCUGAGGCAGCGGCCUGCACUGGGCAGGGGGGCGGGCAGGCGUCGGGGGCUCCCGCCCGCCCCUUCCCCUCAGCCGGCCCGCCCCGGGGCCGGGGCCAACUGAAACCGCAGGAGGAGGAAACGCGGAAUCAGGAACUGGCCCCGGGUGGUGCGGGCCUGAGUCUGAGUCGGUCCUCGGCGGCCCCAGGAUCAGCUGCCCACGCGGGUAACUCCUGCCCCGAGGCCCAGGAGGCAGCGGCGGCGGGCACGGGGAGCGGGGUCAGCAGGCAGCGGGCAGGGGCCCGGCAGGCGAUCAGAGAGCGGGACACGGGACCAGGACCACAAUAUGGGCUUCUCUUCGGAGCUGUGCAGUCCCCAGGGCCACGGGGCAGUGCAGCAGAUGCAGGAGGCCGAGCUUCGGCUGCUGGAGGGCAUGAGGAAGUGGAUGGCCCAGCGGGUCAAGAGUGACAGAGAAUAUGCUGGGCUGCUGCACCACAUGUCACUGCAGGACAGCGGGGGCCAGAGCCGGGGCAUCAGCCCCCAGAGCCCCAUCAGUCAGGCCUGGGCAGAGAUCACCAGCCAGACGGAGGGCCUGAGCCGGUUGCUGAGGCAGCACGCAGAAGAUCUGAACUCGGGGCCGCUGAGCAAGCUGAGCCUGUUGAUCCGGGAGCGGCAGCAGCUGCGCAAGACUUACAACGAGCAGUGGCAGCAGCUCCAGCAGGAGCUCACCAAGACCCACAGCCAGGACAUUGAGAAGCUGAAGAGCCAGUACCGAGCCCUGGCACGGGACAGUGCCCAGGCCCGACGCAAGUACCAGGAGGCCAGCAAAGACAAAGACCGUGACAAAGCCAAGGACAAGUACGUGCGCAGCUUGUGGAAGCUCUUCGCUCACCACAACCGCUAUGUGCUGGGCGUGCGGGCCGCACAGCUACACCACCAGCACCACCACCGGCUCAUGCUGCCUGGCCUGCUCCAGUCCCUGCAGGACCUGCACCAGGAGAUGGCGUGCAUCUUGAAGGAGAUCCUGCAGGAAUACCUGGAGAUUAGCAGCCUGGUGCAGGACGAGGUGGUGGCCAUUCACCAGGAGAUGGCUGCAGCGGUUGCCCACAUCCAGCCCGAGGCCGAGUACCAAGGCUUCCUGCACCAGUAUGGGUCCACACCUGACGUCCCACCCUGUGUCACCUUUGAUGAGUCGCUGCUUGAGGAGGCUGAACUGCUGGAGCCCGGAGAGCUGCAGCUGAACGAGCUGACUGUGGAAAGCGUGCAGCACACGCUGACCUCAGUGACAGAAGAACUGGCCGUGGCCACUGAGACAGUGCUCAGCCGGCAGGAGGUGGUCACUCAGCUGCAGCACGAGCUCUGGACUGAGGAGCAGACCACCCACCCCCGGGAGCGGGUGCAGCUGCUGGGCAAGAAGCAGGUGCUGCAGGAGGCACUGCAGGGGCUGCAGGUAGCGCUGUGCAGCCAGGCCAAGCUGCAGGCCCAGCAGGAGCUGCUGCAGGCCAAGCUGGAGCAGCUGGGCCCCGGUGAGCCCCUGCCCGUGCUGCUGCUGCAGGACGACCGCCACUCCACCUCGUCCUCGGAGCAGGAGCGAGAAGGGGGAAGGACACCCACCCUGGAGAUCCUUAAGAGCCACAUCUCAGGAAUCUUCCGCCCCAAGUUCUCGCUCCCCCCACCGCUGCAGCUCGUUCCAGAGGUGCAGAAGCCCCUGCAUGAGCAGCUGUGGUACCAUGGAGCCAUCCCGCGGGCAGAGGUGGCUGAGCUGCUGACACAUUCUGGGGACUUCGUGGUCCGGGAGAGCCAGGGCAAGCAGGAGUACGUGCUGUCUGUGCUGUGGGACGGCCAGCCUCGACACUUCAUCAUCCAGUGUGCUGAUAACCUCUACCGACUGGAAGGAGAUGGCUUUCCCAGCAUCCCCUUGCUCGUAGACCACCUGUUGCGCUCCCAGCAGCCCCUCACCAAGAAGAGCGGUAUCAUCCUGAACAGGGCUGUGCCCAAGGACAAGUGGGCACUAAGCCACGAGGACCUGGUGUUGGGUGAGCAGAUUGGGCAGGGGAACUUUGGCGAAGUAUUCAGCGGACGCCUGAGAGCAGACAACACCCUGGUGGCCGUGAAAUCUUGCCGCGAGACGCUCCCACCCGACCUCAAGGCCAAGUUUCUGCAGGAAGCGAGAAUUCUGAAGCAGUACAGCCACCCCAACAUCGUGCGUCUCAUCGGCGUCUGCACCCAGAAGCAGCCCAUCUACAUCGUAAUGGAGCUUGUGCAGGGGGGCGACUUCCUGACCUUCCUCCGGACAGAGGGAGCCCGCCUGAGGGUGAAGACUCUGCUGCAGAUGGUAGGGGACGCGGCUGCGGGCAUGGAGUAUCUGGAGAGCAAGUGCUGCAUCCACCGGGACCUGGCCGCUCGGAACUGCCUAGUGACAGAGAAGAAUGUCCUGAAGAUCAGUGACUUUGGGAUGUCCCGGGAGGAAGCCGACGGGAUCUACGCAGCCUCGGGGGGUCUCAGACAAGUUCCCGUGAAGUGGACCGCACCGGAGGCCCUGAACUACGGCCGCUACUCCUCUGAGAGCGACGUGUGGAGCUUUGGCAUCUUGCUCUGGGAGACUUUCAGCCUGGGGGCCUCCCCCUACCCCAACCUCAGCAAUCAGCAGACUCGGGAGUUUGUGGAAAAGGGGGGCCGCCUGCCUUGCCCCGAACUGUGCCCCGAUGCUGUGUUCAGACUCAUGGAGCAGUGCUGGGCCUCCGAGCCCGGGCAGCGACCCAGCUUCAGCACCAUCUACCAGGAGCUGCAGAGCAUCCGAAAGCGGCAUCGGUGAGACUGGGGCCCCACUUCUCAAGCCAGUGGCCUCUGUAGGCAAGAUUAUACCUCCUCACCAGCUCCAGGUCACGCCGCUGGACAGCUCUUCAUCAUCCUGGACUCCAGCCAACGGUAUCUAUGCUGCCGGCAGGGAUGCAGCUCCGUGUCUGCUGUGCCUCCCUGUUCCUGCCAGGGAUUCCUCUUCCAGGCAGAACUAAUAAAAACCAUUUGUGCCCAUCAA